GGGAAUAAUUACUAUCGCGCACAAUCGUUUAUUCAUAUGGCACGCCUCUUCUCGACGGACAGAGACAGAAUAAUCCAGGCUUCUUUCGCUUUCAGUUAUAUGUACAGCCCCCCCGCUACCACCACCGCUACCAUCGAAACAGACAGACAGACAGACAGACAGACUCAUGGCAGAUAAUGAAUCGCGAUCCCCGCAAGAUGGGGACAGUCAGGAUCUCGGGCCCGACGAGAAGCCGCGCCUGACUGAAGAAGAGAAGAAGCAGAAUCACAUCGCAUCAGAACAAAAACGUCGAGAGGCAAUUAGGGCCGGCUUCGACCGUCUGUGUGAGCUUGUGCCGGGCCUAGAAGGCCAGGGCCGUUCCGAGGGGCACGUGCUUAAGGCCACGGUCAACUAUAUCCGGAAGGAGCUGGUUGAGCGCCGUGAACUCGUACGUGCUCUGGACGCCCGCGGCGAACAUGUCCCCCAGGAAAUGAAAGACCCAAUUCUCAUCUUGGAAAGAUUGGAGGAACGGGAUCGACAGGAUUGAAGACGAUAGUUCAGAAAGGGCUUGAAAGCUAGAAUAACAAUGCAGGAGAUGUAUAAUACUUGGGUCUACAAACCGACCUCCCACGAAAGAACCUUUGGCAUGCCUUU